UUUCAUUUUUUAUUACAUUUUAAUAUAUUGAUAUUCAUAUUUAAUGACUCCUUCAAUUGUAUAUAUGUUUCAUAAAAGUGCAUGUAAAAUACUCAACUAACGCGUUUAUCCACUCCCUCCAAUGUCCUCUGUAUUCGACUAUAUAAUUCGUCAGCUUGUUUCAAGAGUUACAAAGAACAUUUUACUUUCCACUGCAGAGGGUAGCUUUGAAAUAAGAUUUCAUUUUACACUAUAUUACGCGGAAGAUUAUACUACCAAAUAUGAUGAUAUGGACAUUGACAGAAUUCUACAGAAUGGUCGUAUCCUCACUAAUUAUAUUAAAUGCAUGUUGGACGAAGGACCAUGUACUAACGAAGGUAGAGAAUUAAAAAAAAUAUUACCUGAUGCUCUAUCUACAGGUUGCAAUAAGUGCAAUGAAAAACAGAAACGUACAGCAAAUAAAGUAGUAAAUUAUUUAAAAACCAAGAGACCAAAAGAUUGGGAACGACUUUCCGCAAAAUAUGAUUCUACUGGUGAAUAUAAAAAGCGUUAUGAACAUGUAUUGCAAUUUGCAAAAAAUAAUUAAACUUAUAACAUCUAAAGAAUAAAUUUAUGAAGAAAUUUAUAUAAUGAAAAUAUAAUAAAUCAAUCUAAUUUA